CUGAGUCGUGGCUAACGGGAGGCAUUACCUUCCAACACCCGACCUUGUCAAAACCACUCCCUAGUGGCUCACACUUCGAUCAUUUGAAUGUUGCGACAUGGAUUCCGGAAACUUUGCCCAGUAGUCCUCGAGCAGUCUUUACCUCCGCAGGUUCCAUUUCGUAAUCUGACAAGAGAGGUUGACCCGGGGCUGAGUUUCCCGAAAGAAGUCAGUGAGAUAUAGGAAGAUCUGGGGAGGUGGAAAGUUAAAAUUUUCAGCUAUGGGAAAUAUGUCGUGUAACAACCUUGAAAUCCCUUCACCCAAAGGCCCAAAUCCUGCAGGAUGCACCGACUUCAUGAUGGAUCACACGUUGCAGGGCAGCUUCUUCCGCCUUUACUAUCCAUGCCAAAGUAUGGACAAAGCAGAGUUGCCAGACUGGAUUCCAAACAGAGAGUACUUUAACGGGCUGGCUGACUUCAUGAAAAUCAACAAGACUUUCAGUGAAAGAAUAUUCAACUGUCUCUUCGGGUCCAUUAAGAUUCCAGCCUACUUGGAUGCUCCAUUUAAUUCAAAUGAAAAAUGUCCAGUAGUUAUCUUUUCACAUGGUUUGGGGGCCUUCAGGACUUUGUAUUCAGCCAUAUGUACAGAACUAGCCUCUCAGGGCUUCAUAGUGGCCUCUGUGGAACACAGGGACCAGUCUGCCUCUGCCACGUAUCACCUCCGGCCAAAGACCGAGUUGGAUACAGCCAACAAGGACUCCUCCAGAACUUCACUCAGAGACACCUUGGUGAGGGAGUGGAUGUACUACAGAAGUCUGCAACAAGGGGAGCAAGAGUUCCCCCUCAGAAACAAGCAAGUGAAAGAGAGGGCCGAUGAAUGCAUCCUUGCGCUUCAGAAACUAACGGACAUAAACGCAGGGGUUCCAAUGCAAAAUGUUUUGCAUACACAAUUUGACUGGAAGACUUUGGAGAACUCCAUCGAUCUCGGCAGAGUAGCAGUGAUGGGCCAUUCCUUUGGGGGAGCAACCGCCAUCGAAGCUCUAGCCAAAGAGGUCAAAUUCAAGUGUGCUGUAGCGUUGGAUGCCUGGAUGUUCCCGUUAAAAGACGAAACCUUGCCUCAAGUGAAUCAGCCUAUCUUUUUUGUCAACUCUGAGAAGUUCCAGUGGGCAGAGAACAUUAAGCGCAUCAAAAAGUUAGACUCAUCAGACAUAGAAAGGAAAAUGGUGACGAUCAGAGGGACCGUGCACCAGUCUUUCCCAGACUUCACCUUUCUGACAGGAGACUUGAUCGGCAAGUUGAUGAAGCUUAAGGGUGACCUCGACCCGGAAAUCGGGAUCAACCUCUCAAACAGAGCGUCACUCGCAUUUCUGCAACGGCACCUUGGUUUGAAAAAGGACUUCAAUCAGUGGAACCGCCUGAUCGAGGGGGAUGAUGAAAACCUAAUUCCAGGAACGAAUGUCAUUUUACUUCAGUCGGCCAUCUGACCAACUAAUUCCAGGCAAAGUCCUGGAGCCUUUGAACCCUCAAAUGCUGAAUGCAUGAGAUGACUGCACAUUGUGAAGCCAAGUCACAUUUUAAGUGGUUUUAAAAUGGACAUUUGGAGAUUGUUUCUUUCUGCACGUUAACUGACCACUUUAAAGUAUUAUUUAUAUCCGUUCACGUUUAUUAGCAUUUUAUCAAUUUAUUUUUAAAUCAAUGUGCGUCUUGUAUUCCAGUUUGUGUGCCGUUACCGAAACAUCAACAUAUUUGGUGUGUGUGCAGUUUUUUGUUUUCGUUUUUCAUCAUGAACGAAAUGUUGCUAUGUGGAUAAUCAAGAAAGAACUAUGAAUACAUGUACAGGGUGUACAUGGGUCACAAUGUGAGAUGUGCCUUCAUUCACAGUACGCCAGUCCUGUCUAUGUACAAAUUGUUAAAUCUAGGUAUUUACUCACCGAAGUCUAUUUUUGUGUACGCUGAAAUAAAUCAAGGUUUUUAAACCUACAUCAA